AUGCAUCACGAUGAGUCUGCCCUCCCUGAGUCUUCCCAUGUCCGACAGCCCGAUCAAGAUCCCCAAUCCGCGACUAGGCGCCCGCGCCCGGUGAUAUCAUGUCUGGAGUGUAGGAGGAAGAAGUUGAAAUGCGACCGCACUCACCCAUGUCAACAGUGUGUCAAGGUUGGCCGGCCCGGAAGAUGUCACUUUCAGCCUGGACAAGAACCCGAACCCAGCACGACGUACUCGCGCGGAACGUUGAGAAAACGACGGCGACUGAACUCCCCCAAUGCUGAAAAUGCGGAUGGAGGCUUUCUCGACCGCAGGGAGCCUCUCAGAGGAUCCCCGUCUCCUGCCAAACGGGGAGUCGUUGAAGACCUCCAGCAUAGAGUCAUGAUGCUGGAGAAUGCUCUCUUCGCUAAGGAUGCUCAGUGGGAUGCGGAGACGUCUGCAGAUUAUACUCCACUGGACCAUGCUAGAAAUCACACGGACGAGGCUGAAACCCCAAGCAAGUUCGAUCAAAUCAGUUCCCAAUUCAAGGAUGCGUGUUCCUUCAUGACGAAGCUGCAGAUUGAAUCUGAUAAUCCCGACAUCGUCAAUCUUCGAGCCCAAAUCAAGAACCUUCAUUAUAUGAUUGAGACGCACAACCACAGACGCCGACUUCUGCCCCUACCAGCUUUGUCGAUUAAGCGUCGCCCUCUAGACCUACCACCAUUUCAGGUUUGCGAAACAUUGGCCAUUCUCUACUUUGACAACAUGGAGCAUUGCUUCCGCAUUUUGCACUGGCCUGAGUUUAGCGAGCAACUGAAACUUCUUUUUACUGACGGUGUUGGGGAGCGUGCCUGUAGGUUUGGUUUCAUACCACAACUGGUGGGUGUCCUGUCCAUUGCCUCCACACUUGGCACGCACCAAGAAUGUGAAGCAGCCACCUCUUACACUAUCGUUCAGCACCCUAGUGCUCUCAAGUUCAUGAAUGAUUUUCUUCAAGAACUGCGACCGCGACAAAGAUAUCUCCUGCCAGCAUUGCAAGUGAAGAUGCUUAUAAUGAUGUGCAAAUGGAUGGUUCUAGAUCCAAUGGAUGAUUUGUUCCGGCUCAAUGGGACACUGCUUCGCGAUGCCUUAGUCAUGAAAAUGGACCAAGAUCCCUCCACCCUUGAUGGUAUAACCAUAUUUGAAGGAGAGCUCCGCAGGCGCAAUUGGAUGACAAUUGUGGAGUGUGACCUCAUGCUCUCGAUUCUAUGCAAGUUGCCUUGUAUGGUGCCGCCAUACACCGCCAAACCACCGCGAAAUAUCAACGACGAGGAAAUCUUCGAUGGAAUCGAAGUUCUGCCUCAGUCGCGACCUAUGGAGGAAUGGACCGAUAGCCUUUGUCAAUAUGUUCUCACUCAAUCUUUCCCACGUCGACUUGCUGCUUGCAAACAAAUGGACACGCCUGGCCGUGUCAAAGUGGAUGAUGUUCUUCUUCACACUCGAUAUCUGGAGAAAGUGCUACAAGAUCUUCCUCCUCCCUUGCGGUUCAGUUAUUCGGGUGACCAAGCGAGCAAGACCCCUCCACGUUUGAUGGCUCGUAUGGAAUUGGAUAUCAGCAUCCGACGACCUCUAUUGCAUCUGUAUUCCUACUUUGCCUCCGCCCCUGAUGUCCGGCAAGAAGUUACGGCCGGCUUCCUACAAAGCUGUCUCAUGUUGACUACUUUCCAGGACUUAUUUGAUCCUCGCUACUCUGAAAUCAACGUACCUCGUCCCGAAGGGUACUGGGAUUUCUUCUACAAUGUUUACAGACAUGAAAUUGGUCAGGCCAUACUGGGCCUCUGCCUCGAAAUAAAGAGACUCAAUUCCAAAACUCGAACAGACAAUCUCGGCUCAGAUGCGGCGGUUCCUCCAAAUGUGACGCAAAACGACAUGUUCAAAAUCCCAGCAUAUACUACGGGGAGUAUGAUCCAGGCUGUCAAGGACACAUUGGAACCCAUGAGACGGCGCAUAGCACAUCCCGGGGCCAAGUUAAAGGACAUUUUCUAUUUCGAAGUUAUACUGACCUCUCUCUUGUCUGAACACCUUGGAGAGAACAAGGAAGGACCGAUUUUGAAAGCACUGGAAGGACUUGUCCGUGGCUGUCAAGAUCAGUUGGAGCAAGAUCAUGUGCCCAUAAUUGUAGCUCCGGGCCCUGGGAAUUUGCCCGGAAGCCCAGAAUCUGCAGCGCAUACAUCUUCCUCGAGAGGAGUUGGGUUCGAUCCAUCCUGGGCAGAUUUCCCCGAUUUCGAUCUAUUUGAACCACUCACUUCCCAGGAUUUGUUUCCCAACGACACCACAUGA